AUGAAUGAAGAACUAACAUCAGAAAUCAGCGAAAUGUGCGUCACAGCAUGUGAAAAGUUUCCUGAAGACAAUGGUGCAGCGGCAAAAAUGGUGAAGAAGCAAUUCGAGCAGAAAGCGGGCUUGGGGUGGCAAGUUGUGAUUGGUCAAGGGUUCGGGUUUGAAAUCACGCAUGAUCUCAACUCAGUGAUCCUGCUCUACGUUGGUGGCAACACCGGAGUGUUGAUCUGGAAAUGCGGUUGA